AUGAACUCGACGACUCCACGCCGCAUCUCAAGGGCAGAGCAGCAGCUCGCCGCGCCGCCGCCGCCGAAGAUGAAAGGCCCUCCCCUCGUCCAGGACAUGCUUGCGGCGUUCGGAUUGGGGACCGUCGAGGAGCUCGAAGCGGGCGCGAGCGGGGACGAGGACGAGGACAGCAUGGCUGGGCAGGCGUCGGUCGAAGAAGAAGCUCCUGGACCCGCAGCUGAGACGUCGCCGAAGCCUGCUGCAAGCUCAGUGCACCCUCAGCAUGAGGCUGCGCAUGCGGCGCGACCGGCGGCUUCCUCCUCGCCCGCCAAACGCCUUCGUCUCCCUCGCGACACCUUCUCUGCACCCGUCGAGCCGCCUGCGAAGAAGCCGCGUAGGACGACCUUCAGGACGAGUGUACGCUACCGUCGCUGGCCAGCCUACUCGCUCACACACCCCUUCGUGGACACGCCGUCGGGCCUCCGCGUCCGCUUCCCUGUCUUCGAUGGGAGCGACGACUACGGCCUCGCGGGCGAUCUGCCGACGAGCGAGCUCGACGCUGCAGUUCAACGCGUCCUCGACUUGAACCAAGAGCUGCAAGGGAAUCACAACUACACGCUGGCUGGGGCCGACAAAUCCACCUUGCGUCGCCUGCUCGCCCUCCUCCCCGUCGAGAUGCUCAAGAAGCCAGCUGCCGGCGACUUCGCCUUCCAACCGCUCUCGGGGACACGCUUGAACGUCGAAAUUGCCGAGUACGAGCGACCCGCCCUCCCCUACUACGUCUACCUCGGCGAGGUCUUCCUCAAGGAGCGCGACAUCGCCGACUCCUUCCUCGACUUCGCUCAGACCGACGAGAUGAUCGAACUCGCUGCCGAUUACGGUCAAUUGCGGAAGUACCAGGCUUGGUUGCGCGGGCUCAGGAGGUUCGUGGACGCGGGAGGGUGGCAAGGCGAGUGGAAGCGCGUCACCUCAUACUCAGGCGAAGCAGACGGCUGGGAUGCCGAGAUCGGCCCAGACGAGAAGAUCGAAGUCCGCGCCUUCGCGCACUACGUCGGUCCCGACGCCAAAUCGAAUCCGUCGUUGCACAAGGUCCAGCUGAAGGUGAUCUCCCGCUUCGUACACGCCAAUCAAGGCGUCGCCGUCGACCCCACUCUUUCUUUCGUCUGCACGGGGGCUGAUCUCGAUCCGACCGGGCUCUCGAACGCCGACAACAAGCUUCUCGAAGCCAUCACCUCCGUCCUGCGCUUCUCGCCAGCGGACUGGGGCGGCGGUAACGUUUCGAGCUGCGGCCUUGUCAACCACGUCGGCGAUAUGCUUCAUGUCGUCUCUCGUUUCGCGCCCGGCACGCCUCUCACGGCACUUCGCGACCUUCCCGAUGUACCGGCUUCGAUCUACCUCGGUCUGGUCUCGCGCUUCGUGCCGAGUACUACGUGCGGCGAAGCUGUGAUCGGUCUUUCGAACUCGCGCCAGCUGCGCUCCAAGUCGAGCCGUGCCACCACCAGCAACAAGCCGGCCUCCCGCGAGCCCAAACUCAAGACCCGCCUCUUUGCAGACUCCGGCUCGAAGCCGUUCCAGAUCGAUCCGUCGUUGACGCUGCUCCAGAGCCUUCAGAACAAGUACAGCUCAGAGGCGCCACUCAUCGACCUUCGCCUCGACCCCGUCGACCAGCUCGCGCUCGCGCCUUACUCCGACAGCCCAUUCUACCCGGCUCUCUACUCCCUCUCCCGCGCAGCGAAGCAGCAGCUCCCGCCGAUCGUCACGCGCAAGAAUCUCCGCGUUGGCGUGCAGCUCCACAUGGGGCAGGACGCCGACAACACUCCCGGCUAUCACCGUCGUGCCCGCUCCUUGCGCUUCGUUCUCGCCUACGGCAAGCGUGCCAUGGUGGCCAUGUUCCGCAUCCAAAGCGAAUAUGCUGCCGGAAGCGUCCUCAUGCGCUAUGAGGAGGAGGACCAGCAGAUUACCCUCAGUCGCGACGGCGAGGUGCUUGUCGUCUGGGAGACGUGCGGCGUCGGCUCGACGGACUACUUCGCCUCGUACUCGCCUGAAGAGCUCAUCGACCGAGUCGAGGCUCCGCGCACCAGCGGAAAGAGCUCGAAGGAGAGGAAUGCGAAGACUCAGCAGCGGACUGAGGUUGUUGAGGAUUUGUUGCAGGAGAUUCUGUCCUGA